CGACAACCAGCCAGAUAGCGAAGCUCCCAAAAGCUCACUCGGAUCAUCGACAGCGAACCGGGCUUCUUUGUUAGCAAUACGACUCAUCGACACCCUCGACAAUUUAUUGGUGAUUCAAUAGACGCUUGCGGCACCGUUGAUCCCUACACAGCACCGAAUCUCUUUAUCAACCAGUCGUCUUUCGCACUCACAGUCCCGUCUACCAACCCCACCUGUCAACAUGGCAUGGUCGUUAUCCAAGAUCGUGCUCAAGUUUAUUCCUUGCGUUUCGUCCAAGUCGAAGUCAGAUGAGAAGGAUCGAGACGCACUUGUGCCCAACACCGCAGCCUCAGCCGCAUCAGAGCCUCCAUCUCCACCUCCAGUUGCUAUUGAGCAAUCACAAUCCACUCAAAGCACCGUCGAGAGCAAGCCAUCAAACCAACCUUUAUUCAAACCUCGCGGGGUCAUCGGAAAACCAGGGCCUCCCGAACCUCGAUACGAAGACGAUGAUGACGAGGAAGAGGGCGUGCAAACAUUAGGCGCUACCUCGACAGCAGAUACUGGACGGCCCAACCGACCCGUGGUCGGUCCUCCACCGAAGCCCAAGCCCAAGCCGACGCCAAAGCCCACACCAAAGCCUUCCUUCAUACCUCGCGGUUCCUCUUCACAAGCAGGGCACCAACCACAAUACGAAGACUCGGAUGAAGAUGAAGAUACUGCGUCUGCUUCUCCGGUCGAGCCUGCUCAUCCAUCGACGUCGUCUGCUCCUGCCGAGCCAUCCCAACAAGGGAGCACGACUGAGCCAGCCGACAAGCCAAAGUCCAGACUGCCAAGCAUUCCAAAGGUAACAUUCAGACCUCGAGGCCGAGCUGCUCCCACAUCCCGGGCCAUAUCGCUUUCCGACGACGAAGACGAAGACGAGAUGUUACCCGGCGCCGCACCUUCGACUGGAAAGAAUGCUCCUCAAGGACGACCUAACAAGCCAGUGGUCGGUCCGAGCAGGCCCAAGCCCAAGCCGAAAUAGCCUGGUUCCCGAUCGUUGACUCGAUCAUGGUGACCCUGAGUCAACAAAGAUGAUCUACAAGGACUUUGCUAUGUCCUGACUUGGAGUCGGUCUUUGCAACUUUUCUUGUCUGUGUUCGCGCCACAUCCGCAUAUCAAAGUGUGGCGUCUUGCUCUUUUUUUCUUCGGACUUUCGAUGAAUGGAACGACUGCAUUUCUACAAAUCUCAUGUAUAUCUCACCCCAUACUUUUACUCUCAUCGUUUCAUUGUAAGUUACGAUGUACUUAUACCACACCAUAAAUCUGUUUGCAUGUUUCUCUCCUCUGUAUGUUGAACCUGUCCUGUCAAUGUCAUGCUCAGAAGCCACGAUUGCUUCCGUU